AUGUACAUCAAUCUUGCUAUCCUGGUCCUCGCGUUCGGUUUAGUCCGCACAGCAACACCUCACAUCGUGGAAAAUCGAAACCGUACACCAGUUUAUCAGUCUUUACUGGAACAGAACAUCGUCCUCGUCAGCCAACUGCCACCUGCCUGCAACCUAAACGCAUGCCUCGGUCUGAGUGGUACCGUUACCUGCGUUCUGUCAGCUCUUGGUACUGGAGACCCUGUGGCAUUACAGCGAUGUUUUACCAAUGGGCUAGCCGAGAUCUGCUCAUGUGCUGCCUGUGUCCCCAGUGCAGCCAACUUCCUAUAUGCUCUGGGAAUAUGUGUGACUCAAACCAAGCUUCCGCAUGAUGAACCCGAGACUUCUAUCAACUCCCCUCCUGCACCUUUAACAUGGAGUUUGACGCCGGAUCUCAAUUAUCCAGCAGUCACAAUUGCUGUUAGCACUACUUCUCACCAUCUGGCUUUCGAAACUGUCUCGAAAGCAGGCCACUGA